ACGACGGGACAGAAGUGAAGGCUUAUAUAUGGACUGAGCCUGGCCCAUUGAGUAUCAGUUUAUUCAAGAACAAGGCAAGAACGUAGGCAACGCUGGGACAUUUUGCGGCUUGCGUUUAGGCUACGUAGAGGCCUUUGUACAAAGUAAUAUUUGAGGCUUUUUCCCCCAUCAAUUUUAAGAGAACUAGAAGAGAUGAAGCUGGUUUGGGUUAUGUUUUUGGUGGUCGGCACAGCAUUUGCCGAUGACGACGACAAAAAGGAGAAUGUGGGCACUGUCGUUGGAAUUGACCUGGGAACCACCUACUCAUGUGUUGGCGUGUUCAAGAAUGGCCGUGUAGAGAUCAUUGCCAAUGACCAGGGAAACCGCAUAACGCCAUCAUAUGUAGCCUUCACUAGUGAGGGUGAGCGUCUGAUUGGUGAUGCUGCCAAGAACCAGUUAACUUCUAACCCUGAGAACACAGUCUUUGAUGCCAAGAGGCUCAUUGGACGUAUCUGGGGUGAUCCUUCUGUCCAGCAGGAUAUCAAGUACCUGCCAUUCAAGGUGUUGGACAAAAAGAGCAAACCUCAUAUCCAAAUAGACAUUGGAGGUGGCACCAUCAAGACCUUUGCGCCUGAGGAGAUUUCUGCCAUGGUCCUGACUAAGAUGAAGGAGACUGCUGAAGCCUACUUGGGAAAGAAGGUCACACAUGCAGUUGUCACAGUUCCUGCCUACUUCAAUGAUGCUCAGCGUCAGGCAACCAAGGAUGCUGGUACCAUUGCCGGUCUCAAUGUAAUGAGAAUCAUUAAUGAGCCAACGGCGGCUGCUAUUGCUUAUGGCUUGGAUAAGAAGGAUGGAGAGAAGAAUAUUCUUGUGUUUGAUUUGGGUGGUGGCACAUUUGACGUCUCUCUUCUGACCAUUGACAAUGGUGUAUUUGAAGUGGUCGCAACCAAUGGGGAUACCCAUCUAGGAGGAGAAGAUUUCGAUCAGCGUGUCAUGGAGCACUUUAUUAAGCUUUACAAGAAGAAGACUGGCAAAGAUGUUCGUAAAGACAAUCGUGCUGUCCAAAAACUGCGCCGUGAAGUUGAAAAGGCCAAGAGGGCACUUUCUGCUCAACAUCAGGCACGCAUUGAGAUUGAGUCUUUCUUUGAAGGAGAAGACUUCUCUGAAACUCUAACUCGAGCCAAAUUUGAAGAGCUUAACAUGGACCUGUUCCGUUCCACCAUGAAGCCUGUUCAGAAGGUGCUGGAAGAUGCCGACUUGAAGAAAUCUGACAUUGAUGAGAUUGUGCUAGUUGGUGGUUCAACUCGUAUCCCCAAAAUUCAGCAGCUAGUGAAGGAAUUUUUCAAUGGCAAGGAACCCUCAAGAGGCAUCAACCCAGAUGAGGCUGUGGCUUAUGGGGCUGCUGUGCAGGCAGGAGUGCUUUCUGGCGAAGAAGAUACCGGUGAUGUGGUUCUUCUUGAUGUGUGCCCCCUAACCCUUGGUAUUGAGACUGUUGGAGGAGUAAUGACCAAGCUGAUUCCCAGAAAUACUGUGGUCCCUACAAAGAAAUCUCAGAUCUUCUCUACAGCAUCUGACAACCAGCCAACUGUCACUAUCAAAGUUUAUGAAGGUGAGCGUCCCUUGACAAAAGACAACCAUCUGCUGGGUACCUUCGACCUAACUGGCAUUCCUCCUGCCCCUCGUGGUGUACCCCAAAUCGAGGUUACCUUUGAAAUAGAUGUCAAUGGCAUUUUGCGUGUGACUGCUGAGGACAAGGGCACAGGCAACAAGAAUAAAAUUACAAUCACAAAUGACCAGAACCGUCUAACUCCUGAGGACAUUGAACGUAUGGUGAAUGAUGCAGAACGCUUUGCUGAUGAAGAUAAGAAACUAAAGGAGAGAAUUGAUGCCCGAAAUGAGCUUGAAAGCUAUGCAUAUUCUCUGAAGAACCAGAUUGGUGAUAAGGAAAAGCUUGGUGGUAAGCUGUCAGAUGAUGACAAGGAAGCCAUUGAGAAGGCAGUAGAAGAGAAAAUUGAAUGGAUGGAGUCUCAUCAAGAUGCUGAUCUGGAGGACUUUCAAGCUAAGAAGAAAGAAUUGGAAGAGGUUGUUCAGCCAAUCAUCAGCAAACUUUAUGGCAGUGCGGGUAGUCCACCACCUGAGGGUGAGCAGGAUGAGAAGGAUGAAUUAUAGGCAGGUUUAAACUUAAAUCACUGUCAUCCCUUCCCUUGUACUGGAUUUUGUUGCUCAACUGACUCUAAAAGUGAGAGGGAUGAUUGUGAAGGGGGCAGGAAACCACAACCACCAACACCAUGCAUCAUACUGAAAGACUUUAAAGUUUAGAUAUGUGAAACGGAGUUCUCUUCGCUGGAAGGCGGAGAUAUUUGUCAGCCUACAUUUUGAGGCUUGCUGCUGUUCUCAGGCAGUUCUGAUGGGAGGUGGGGAGGGGGGGGUCUGCGGUGGGAUGGGUUCAAGAGUAGUGUCUGUGUGUUAGUGUUUUUGUUUUUUCACAGGCAAUGUUAAAACUUAUUUAUUAAAUCUGGACAUGGAUGCUGAAAUAAAUAUUUGAUACAAAAUUA